AAUAACGCCUGGCUGGCAUAACCGUUCGCGCUAUCCUCGUCUUCUGUUCGUCGUCAAACCUUGCCCAUUGCAAUGGACAGCAUCCUCCAACUCUUCAACGUCCUCUUCACAGCUCCGCACGCCUUGCCAAGCCCAAACUCAACCCCAAGCAAUCCUCACACGUCCCAUUGCAGCUCGCAGCCCCCAACAGCUCCUGCCCCGGUGUCCCCAACCAUCUCCGCCAUCCCCAUCCUCGCACCCAACAUCCCCAGCACAACACCUCCAGCCGCCAGCUCCCUCCUUGCUGCCACCUCCACACCAGCAGACCUCCCACACGACGCUCUCGAGUUAAUCCUACAGCGCUGCGACCCGGAAACCCUCGUUCGCUCGGUCCCCGCGGUGUGCCGGAGUUGGCGGGAGGCCGCUCGCUCCCUGGGUGUUUGGCGCCAGUGGCUGUCACCUGUGCUGCUGGCCCAGCUUGAGCCGCUGUCCCGGCUGGGGCCCCCCCUGCAGCCCGCCCACCUCUUCCUGGCCGCAUGCGGCCGCAACCUGCUGAGGAACCCGUCCUUCCGCCGGGACGCCAACACAACACCGGCCGGGGGGCAGCCGGGGGCGGCUGGGAGCGGCAAGUGGCAGCGGGAGGCCUGGGUGAUCACGGCGGCCCCGGGCGAGGGACUCGCCUGGGAGCUGCCCCCCGCUGGAAUUAAAUUGUACGGCAGCAAGAAAUACAGCAGCAACGGCAGUACGGCAGCAAGCAGCGGCAGCAGCACCGCUGCGGCCACUGAGGAGUGCUCGCUGCCGCCGCCACCGCUGCCGUACCCCGUCGGUAGCCGUUACUUAAGCAGCACCCUCAACACUCGCGCCUCCCCGGCUUCCCUUUCUUCGACCUUAUCUUCCUGGAUGCCCUUCUCUCCCUCCUCCUUGCUCCUCUUCUCAUCCUGCUCGCCCUCUGCUGCUGCCUCACUGCGAGGCCCGGCGCCGCCGCCGCCAUUGCAACAGCAGAAGCAACAGCAGCAACGGCCGCCGCAGCAGCAGCCGUUGCUGCAGCUGCCUAGUUUGUUCGGAACGGGUAGCGGUGGGCUGGGUAACGGUAACGGUAACGGUAACGGUGGGUGUCGCAGCAGUAGCAUCGGCGGCAGUCGCUACUUCGGCAGGGCGGCCCCCGGGGAGUUCCGGCAGCAGCAGCAGGGCUGUCUGGCCACCAGCAAGGACUGGUGCGAGGUGGUGCAGGUGAUCGAUCUGCAGGGGGAGCUGGUGUCCCGCGGUCUGAGCGGCGCGCAGGCGGCCCAGCUGCUGGAUGCGGGGCUGGGGAUGCGGCUGAGCGUGCACGUGGGGAGCAGGUGGGACUGCGUGGGACAGUUCAGUGUGGGCCUGCUGCUGGACGAGGGAACGGGCAACGCAAACGGAUACAGCGGCGGCGGCAGCGGACGACCCAUGGGUCGCGAGCAGCACUCCUCCGGCCACCACGACGCCGCCACCUUUCCCUCGCUGCAAUCCUUCGUCAUGCGGCCCACGCGCCACCACUUCUACAUGGGUCCCGUCAUGUGCACCUCCGACUGCUGGCAGCGCUUCUGCUACUCGCUGCCCGCCUGCCCGCCCGGCUGCCGGCGCGCGGUGGUGGUGCUGCGGGGCCGCCGCGCCCCCUCCAGCCUGCUGGUGUCGCCCCUGCCGCGUCACUGCGGGGCCAAGUUCGCGGCGGCGGAGCUGGUGCUGCUGUGAGGGGCGGGGCGCGGGAGGGGGGAGGAGGGGGAAAGAAAGAAAGGGAGGUGACGAGAGAAGGGCAACUGCGACUGUGUGACGAAAAAGGAAGGUGUGUGGUGGCGCCCUGGUGCGGGAGGUACUGCGAGGAAUAAGGUGACGGG